GCACCGGAAGCGGAAAUUUGAGGCCUUGUGAGGGAGAGUCUUUCCGUGCAAGCAUUCAAGACUGACAUUUCACAUCCUUGUAUCCAUUCUAAGUGGCAAACUAUCUGUCAAACUAAUGGGUGUGACUGUUGAGACAAUAACCGAAGGAGAUGGAGCCACAUAUCCAAAGAAGGACCAAACUGUAGUGGUUCAUUAUGUAGGAACAUUGACUAAUGGAAAAAAGUUUGAUUCAUCAAGAGACAGAGGAUCACCAUUUAAGUUUAAACUUGGAAGAGGAGAUGUUAUAAGAGCUUGGGAUGAGGGAGUAGCAAAGAUGAGUGUAGGAGAGGUAGCCAGAUUGACUUGUUCUCCUGAUUAUGCAUAUGGAAGUAAAGGCUAUCCAGGAGUAUAUCCUUUUUGACAACAAAAUAUUACC